ACUGAGGAGAAGAAGAAGAGACUGUCUCGCUCAGCUGUGUGUGUGUGUGUGGUAAAAACAAGUGCGGAUUUAAGUGACUUCUUUCACCUUAUUUCACUCCAAAACACAGACUCGCGAUGCCUGCGGUCUCUAAAGGAGACGGGAUGCGGGGUCUGGCCGUGUUCAUCUCAGACAUCAGGAACUGUAAAAGUAAAGAGGCAGAGAUUAAGCGGAUAAACAAGGAACUGGCCAACAUCCGCUCCAAGUUUAAAGGAGACAAGGCUCUCGAUGGCUACAGCAAGAAAAAGUACGUCUGCAAGCUGCUCUUCAUCUUUCUUCUGGGCCAUGAUAUCGACUUUGGACACAUGGAGGCCGUCAACCUCCUCAGCUCCAACAAAUACACAGAGAAACAGAUUGGUUACCUGUUCAUCUCGGUGCUGGUGAACUCUAACAGCGACCUGAUCCGUCUCAUCAACAAUGGCAUCAAGAACGACCUGAACAGCCGCAAUCCGACCUUCAUGAACCUGGCCCUGCACUGCAUCGCCAACGUGGGCAGCAGAGAAAUGGCCGAGGCCUUCGCUUCAGACAUCCCCAGAAUCCUGGUGGCAGGGGACACGAUGGACAGCGUGAAGCAGAGCGCAGCACUGUGUCUGCUACGACUCAACCGGACGUCACCUGACCUGGUCCCCAUGGGUGAGUGGACAGCACGAGUUGUCCAUCUGCUCAACGACCAGCACCUGGGCGUGGUAACAGCAGCCACCAGCCUCAUCACCACUCUGGCCCAGAAAAGUCCAGAUGACUUCAAAACAUCUGUCGCACUGUCCGUGGCCCGGCUCAGCAGGAUCGUGACAUCGGCGUCCAUCGAUCUACAGGACUAUACGUACUAUUUUGUUGCGGCGCCGUGGCUGUCUGUGAAGCUGCUGCGCCUCCUCCAGUGCUACCCUCCACCUGAGGACGCAUCGCUGCGGAGUCGCCUCACAGAGUGUCUGGAGACCAUCCUCAACAAAGCCCAGGAGCCACCCAAGUCCAAGAAGGUCCAGCACUCCAACGCAAAGAACGCCGUCCUGUUUGAAGCCAUCUCCCUCAUCAUCCACCAUGACAGCGAGCCCACCCUGUUGGUACGAGCCUGUAACCAGCUGGGCCAGUUUCUGCAGCACAGGGAGACCAACCUUCGUUACUUGGCUUUGGAGAGUAUGUGCAUGCUGGCCAGCUCCGAGUUCUCUCAUGAGGCCGUGAAGACGCACAUGGAAACGGUGAUCAACGCCUUAAAGACGGAGCGAGACGUGAGUGUACGUCAGCGGGCUGUCGAUCUCCUCUACGCCAUGUGCGACCGCAGCAACGCCAAGCAGAUUGUGGCAGAGAUGCUGACCUACCUGGAAAACGCCGACUACUCCAUCAGAGAGGAGAUCGUGCUGAAGGUGGCGAUCCUGGCGGAGAAGUACGCCGUGGACUACACGUGGUACGUGGACACCAUCCUCAACCUCAUCCGCAUCGCGGGCGACUACGUCAGUGAGGAGGUUUGGUACCGCGUCAUCCAGAUCGUCAUAAACCGAGACGACGUCCAGGGCUACGCUGCCAAGACUGUCUUCGAGGCGCUGCAGGCUCCAGCCUGCCAUGAGAACCUGGUCAAGGUGGGCGGUUACAUCCUGGGAGAGUUUGGUAACCUCAUCGCUGGUGACUCACGAUCCAGUCCUCUGGUCCAGUUCAACCUUCUUCACUCCAAGUUCCACCUCUGCUCGGUGCCGACGCGUGCACUGCUGCUGUCCGCCUACAUCAAGUUCAUUAACCUGUUUCCAGAGGUGAAGACCACGAUCCAGGACGUGCUGCGCUCCGACAGCCAACUCCGCAACGCCGACGUGGAGCUUCAGCAGAGAGCCGUCGAAUACCUGAGGCUCAGCUGCAUCGCCAGCACCGACAUACUGGCCACAGUCUUAGAGGAAAUGCCGCCGUUCCCAGAGAGGGAGUCGUCCAUCCUGGCCAAGCUGAAGAAGAAGAAGGGCAGAGGAAACCUGCCCGUCAUCGACGACACCCGGCGGAACGUCAACGGCAACGUUGAACACGCCGAGAAAACCGAAGCACCAAACCAGUCUUCUCCUUCACUGUCGGCAGAGUUCUUCCCUAUCAACAGACCCCGCCCUGUCUCUAGUCCCACCCUGCUCUCUGCUGGCACCACGGUUUCCACCCCGUCCUUCACUGAUCUGCUGAAUCUAAACUCGGCACCUGCACCUGGAGGCAACCUGCUGGUCGACGUCUUUUCUGACAACGCAGCUCUUUCAACCACAGACGUGUGCGAGGAGAACUUUUCCCGGUUUGUUUGUAAGAACAACGGCGUCAUCUUUGAGAACCAGCUUUUACAGAUUGGUCUGAAGUCUGAGUACAGGCAGAACCUGGGACGCAUGUACGUUUUCUACGGGAACAAGACGUCGACGCAGUUCCUGAGCUUCUCCUCGUCAGUGACCAACGAUGACACUCUCAAGACUCAGCUGAAUAUGCAUGUGAAGACGGUCGAUCCAGUGAUAGAAGGCGGGGCUCAGGUGCAGCAGAUCCUCAACAUUGAAUGCGUGUCAGAUUUCACAGAGGCACCGGUACUCAAGGUCCAGUUCAGGUACGGUGGAAUGCUGCAGAACCUCGCAGUCAAACUCCCCGUGAUGCUCAACAAGUUUUUUCAGCCCACGGAGAUGGCGUCGCAAGACUUCUUCCAACGCUGGAAACAGCUGGGAGCACCAGAGCAAGAGGUUCAGAAAAUCUUCAAAGCCAAACUUCCAAUGGACACAGAGGUCACCAAGGCCAAGAUCAUAGGGUUCGGCGUGGCCCUGUUGGACCGGGUCGACCCUAAUCCAGAAAACUUUGUUGGAGCUGGAGUCAUUCACACUAAGAGCAGUCAGGUCGGCUGUCUGCUGCGACUGGAGCCCAAUGCACAAGCAGAGAUGUACCGUCUGACCCUCAGGACCAGCAGAGAGUCUGUGUCUCAGCGACUGUGCGACCUUCUCUCUGAACAGUUUUAGACUCUUUUACUCUCCUCUGACUGGAAGUCACGGAUUGUACUGUGUACAUUAUUUUUACGAUUGUUAUUAUUCUGCUCAUUUUUCCCACACAGCUUUACUAAUAUGUCUCUGGUUUAAGCCUGGAUUUUUGCAUGUGUGUGUGUGUGUGUGUGUUAUCUGUAGGGAUAGGUAUGGAGAGCCAGUUCUAAAGAGUUCUUCAUUGGUCAGUACCAAAGUAUCUAUGAGCAUCUGGACAAACGGUGCUGCUUAUGUUUAUUCUCUGGAAUCAGAAAAACACCAACCGCAGUUUGCUCGCACUUUAUAUUUCCCAGCGUCGUGCAGUUACUUUUCAUGUCGCGCUGCGUCGUUCACUCUCGGAUGAAAGCUUUAAAGUUUGGACUUGUGUUGUUACGCUGUGCACAGUUUGCAUUUUCCACUUCCCAUUUGACCCCGAACAAAACUGCCAGCGUUGUGCGUUUACUCCUCAUGUUGCACAGCACUGUUGUUCACUCUCCAGUCAUCACAAGACUGGACUCGCUUUGCUAAAUUUAGCACAAAUGUAGCGACAGUUUGGUCGGAUUUUCCACUUCCCAACCUUCCCCUAAUUAUGACAAAAACUGCCAGCGUCGUGCAUUUACUUCUCAUGUUGCACCGCACUCUUAUUCACUCUCCUGUCACCGCAAAGGCUUUAAAGUUUGAACUCGCUUUGCUAUAGUUAGCACAAAAAAAAUUCUUUUUUUUAACACAAAAUUGGAACUAAAUAGAGUAAACCCCCAGAUUCCACUGAGUGCGUUGCGUCUGCGACCGGAGAAUGAGAAGAGGUCGUUGAUGUAGUUCAGUGAAAUACCAUUCCGAAAAUAAACCGGACGCUUUAACGUUGCAUCGGUGUUUUGAUGUCCAGUUCCGCUCGUGCCAAAUUCUGCUGAAUUGAAAAAAUAGAAACUCUUGCCAAAAAGUAGUCAGUGGAAGCUUCCGAUGUCACAACAAAGACGCGACGCAUUAAGUGGAAACUCGGGCUAACGCUUACAACCCAGCAAAACACUAAUGCUGCUUUUCCAUUGUACAGUUCUACCACGACAAAGCUCGACGCUACUCAGUUUGGUAUCAGUCACGACGUUUUCCAUGACUUCAUCGUUCGGCAGAGUCAACGUGUGGGCGGAGUCAUCGCAUCAUGGUUUUCUAUGGGACACAAACUAGUGACUCUUAAAGCAGUUGUUUUGGGUGUAAGUGAAUCGUUUUGUUAACAGAAUCGUUCAGGAACGAACUGAAAUGCCACUGAGACUCCUCUGUUAAAUAUGGACAUUUUAGACAUUUCCUUUGCUAAAUGUUGGAGAUUAACGUAAUGUUUCAGGGAUUUUUAAGUGUUUUUAACUGAUCUACAGUUGGACAUUGUUGGCUUUGAUUGUUGUGUCGGACGUCGCUCUCACGACGCUUCCAGUGACGACUAUCUCUGACCAAUCAGUAGCCGGCAGUCUGUCUGCGUCACAUUUUAGUAUCAGCUCAGCUGGCUUGGAGCCUCGUCUUCAGGUACUUCCACCAGGUACCAUCAGUGAUGGAAAAGCAAAACAAACGAGUCGAGUCGUGCUAGAAGUAUAAAAUGGAAAAGCACUACCAAGUUGCUACUGUUAGCAUCACUUUUAACAAACUAAAACACUUUAAAGCCGCUAUCGCACAAUGAAAUUCAGUCGGGUCAGGUCUGACAAAUAUUAGCAACGUGAGAAUAAAGGCCUUUUAUUUAGACAUUAUUUCAGACUUCAGAGUCACAUCUAUGACUGGACUGCGACUUUACUUUAGAUGAUCUCAGCGCGUUCUGUUCCUCUACGACGACGAUCGGAUGCUCGUCCGCAGACGUCGAUUUCUGUUUGCAAGAAAAUAAUUAUGUUUUUCAAGAGCCUGAAUGUCUGUCAGUGAGAGUGACGGGUAGAAAAGAAUCAAAAAACUCUACUUGUGCUGCUGUGACAUGAAAAAAAGAAGAAAGAUUUGAACCAUCAUGAAAGAAAUGAUGAUGAAAGUGUUAAAGGGAUACAUCAGGUUUUUUUUUGAAGUGUGUCUAUGUUGAGGUACUGACGUGGUCUUUGUUUUCAUGAUGUUGACUUUGCAUUUGUGCCUUUGAACCUCUUGUGACUGUAAAGAACAAAACAAGUCCUUCAAGCAGCCAAACUGGUCAUAUUGUUAUAUUUCAAUAACAUAUGGUGUAUUUUCUCUCUUUUAUAUAAAAAUCUAUUUUUAAUCACAA